AUGAUUGGAUAUGCUGUGGGUUUGGGGAAUGUGUGGAGGUUUCCCUACCUUGCAUACAAGAAUGGCGGAGGAGCCUUCCUGAUACCUUACACAAUUAUGCUUGCACUUGCUGGACUUCCUCUUUUCUUCUUGGAGUGUUCGAUGGGACAAUUUUCCAGUCGGGGACCUAUAUCAGUGUGGAGUGUUGUACCGCUUCUACAAGGUGUUGGUGUCACUAUGGUCCUCAUCACAACAUUAGUUUGCAUUUACUACAAUGUUAUCAUUGCCUAUAGCUUGUAUUAUUUGUUUGCCUCCUUUCAACGUGUGUUGCCUUGGUCCGAUUGUUUCAGCUGGGCAGAUGCAAAGUGCAGGAUUCUACAUAGGAAUCUGAAAGACCACACAAACAAACGCACAUAUGUAAGCACCUGUACAUACAUGUCUUUAAAGUUUUAUUUUUCCUUGUAUUUCAGGAAGGUGGCACUUCGCCGCUCUAGUGGGCUGGAUGAAACUGGUGAAGUGGUUUGGUACUUGGCGCUUUGUUUACUUUUAGCUUGGAUUAUUGUUGGAGCUGCACUCUUUAAAGGAAUUAAAUCAUCUGGGAAGGUGGUUUACUUUACUGCAGUGUUCCCUUAUGUUGUCCUUAUCAUAUUGUUGGUUCGAGGGGCAACUCUCGAAGGAGCAAUUCAAGGAAUUGACUAUUAUAUUGGAACACAAUUUUACUAUUUUAUCAAUUUGCAGGUAUGGAAAGAUGCUGCCACCCAGAUCUUCUUCUCUCUCUCCACAGCCUGGGGUGGACUUAUCGCUUUGUCUUCAUACAACAAAUUCCACAACAACUGCUACUCGGAUGCCAUCAUUGUUUGUGUGGUGAACUGUGGCACUAGUGUGUUUGCAGGAUUCGCCAUAUUCUCUAUUCUGGGACAUAUGGCUCACAUUUCUGAAAAAUCUGUAUCUGAAGUAGUAGAUUCAGGUAUGUACAAGUGCAAAUAUUGCAUAUGUAAUAGUAAAUAUAAUUACCCCAAAGCAUUUUUCUAG